AUGCAGUCGCAAAGGGAGGGAAGUGAAGCGCGACCCCGAGCUGGAUGGAUGGUUAUGGGGACAGGAGCGAGACUCUCGGCGCUUCAAGUGUGCAGAACCAUCGCUGUCUUGCUCUCGCUCUUUCCGUCCGCGAGUCUGCAGUGCAAGAUCCUCAAGUGUAACUCCGAAUUUUGGGCCUCCACCUCAAAUUCCGGACCGGAGGAGGAGUUUUGCACGGCACUGCGUGCGUAUAACAGCUGCGUCCGUCGGACCGCGCGCACCUGUCGGGGCGACCUGGCGUACCAUUCGGCCCAGCAUGGCAUCGAGGACCUGAUGAGCCAGCACAACUGCUCCAAAGAGGGCCCCACCUCUCAGCCGCGUUCCCGCACGCCCCCUCCUCCGCCGCUGCCGCCACAGCUGCCCCCCGACAGCCAGGAGCGCUCCGACGGCCCUGAGGUGUGCCACUAUGAGCGCAGUCUCCCGCGUCACACGGCCCCGCCCAACUACACCCACUGCGGCUUCUUCGGAGACCCGCACCUGCGGACCUUCGGCGAUGAUUUUCAGACCUGCAAGGUGGAGGGAGCCUGGCCACUCAUCCACAACAAAUACCUGUCUGUUCAGGUGACCAACACUCCUGUAGUGCCUGGCUCACUGGCCACUGCCACCAGCAAGCUGACAAUCAUCUUCAAGAAUUUCCAGGAGUGUGUUGACCAAAAGAUGUACCACGCGGAAACCGACGAGCUGCCCGCGGCAUUUGCGGAUGGAUCCAAGAACGGCGGAGAUCAACAUGGAGCCAACACGCUGCGGGUGGUGGAGAAGGUACCGGGGCAGUACGUCGAGAUCCAGGCCAGGUACAUCGGAACAACUAUAGUGGUUCGGCAGGUCGGCCGCUACUUGACCUUUGCUGUGCGGAUGCCGGAGGAAGUCGUUAACUCAGUGGAGGAAGAUGAUAACCAGGACUUGUACCUCUGUCUUCACGGCUGUCCCGCCAACCAGCGCAUCGACUUCAGAACCGUUAGGGCUCGUGCAGCGGAGGCCCACGGCAUAGGCAGGGCCAGGAGCGGGACCGUGGGGCAUGGUUUCACUUAUCAGUCUGCCAAGGCCACGUGCAAAGAGCGCCUCCCGGUGGAGGAUCUGUAUUUCCAGUCCUGCGUGUUUGACCUCCUUUCUUCUGGGGACAUAAACUUCACCAUGGCUGCAUACUACGCCUUUGAAGACGUAAAAAUGCUCCACUCCAACAGUGACAGAUACCACAUUUUUGAAAAGGACGCGUACAUGGGCAACGCAGCACCAACCGGGGGAAGUGUACUGCCGCUCAUCCUCCUCAACUCGUUGGCCCUUUUCUUGUGGACUGAAUGUUGUAUGGUUCAUAUUUAGUCCCACAAUGUCUUUGUGUUCUUUGUCCGUGAUUGUUAAAUAAUGUGUAUGACUGGUGGUUAGUACCAGCAGUGUCGCCCCCAGCUCAUUCCAGCUCCAAGUCUCGUUUUUUGUUGUGUUGUCAUA